CAUAUUACGAUGCGACACACGAGAGGAACCAUGCGGAGGCAAAGGGGUUCGGCUCAGCUGUUACUUUGUAGGAAUUGUUCCUAAAACCAAAAUCUGUUGUGGUUAAUAUCUGUAUGUAGUGUGUUAAAAGUUAUGUUAUUGACUUAAAUAGUACGUUUAGCGUACAAUCAUGGGCAAGUCAAAGACCAAGAACCAGAAAAAGUCCCGAGCAACGGCUCAUCAGGUGGCGGAGGACACGUACCGGUCUGUCCCCCAUUCCUUCGUCUUCCACCGGGGCAUGGUUGGGAAAAACGUGGGCCAGCUCAUCACGGAUGUCAGGAGAGUCAUGGAGCCUUACACCGCAGAGCAAUUAAAGGUCAGGAAAAAGAAUGUGCUGAAAGACUUUGUAGCCGUAGCAGGACCGAUGGGAGUGACGCACUUCAUGAUCUUCAGCAAGACCGACCGCAACCUCAUGAUGAGGCUGGCUCGACUCCCCAAAGGACCCAUGCUUUAUUUUAAAGUGCUCAAGUACACACUCAUCAAAGAUGUGGUUUCAUCUCUGAAGAGGCACAGGAUGCACGGACAGCAGUUCAAGCACCACCCGCUGGUCAUCCUCAACAACUUUGGAUCUUCUGGCAUGCAUAUCAAACUGAUGGCCACCAUGUUCCAGAACAUGUUUCCCUCCAUUAACGUGUACAAGGUGAGCCUCAACACCAUCAAGAGGUGCGUCCUGCUGAAUUACAACCCAGUAUCACAGGAAAUCGAAUUUCGGCACUACAGCCUGAAGGUGGUCCCAGUGGGCAUGAGCCGCGGCGUGAAGAAGCUGAUGCAGGAGAGGUUCCCCAACAUGAGCAAGUUUGAGGACAUCAGUGAGCUGAUGAUAAAGGGAGCCAACCUUUCGGAAAGCGAAGCGGAACAGGACGACGAGCAUAACAUCACCGAGCUGCCGCAGGUCUACUCUGGCCGAGGCAACAUGGCGUCAGAGCAGAGUGCCAUCCGCCUGACAGAGAUUGGUCCUCGCAUGACGUUUCAGCUGACAAAGAUACAAGAAGACAUUGUGGGGGGGAACAUCCUCUAUCACUCCAGUAUCUCCAAGACGGAGGAGGAAAUCCAGGAGAUCCUGCAAAGAAAGGAGUCCCGGAUGAAAACGAAAGAGCAGCGCCGGAAGAAGCAGGAGGAGAACGUCUGUCGCAAGAAGAUGCUCAAGGAGGAGCACAAGAAGAGGAGCCUGGCAGGCAUCAAGAAGAAGCAAGCAGACAAGGAAGAGGACAGCGAAGUGGAGGAUCCAGGCAUGCAGGAUGAUCAACCGGCUGCCGUGGAAUCAGAUGACGAGGCCGAGUACUACAGGCAGGCUGUAGGGGAGGAGCCAGAUGAAGAUAUGUUCUUUGGAUCCAAGAAGAGGAGAGGCAAAGAUGGAUCUCAUGGACCAGCCAAAAAGAUGAGGCUCUCUCCUGGUAACCAAGAGAAAAUUGCUAAACCUCCAAAAAGAACUGGCCCAGGGGGGUGGGACAAAGACAAAAAAACUGGGGACAGAGAGAAGAAACCUUUCGGGAAGAAACCCAAAGGAAAGCCAUUCAGAAAGAAACCAAGCGAUGGAGCAAAUAGUUUUGGCGCUAGGAAGAAAUUUGAAGGGAAAAGAACUUUUGGUGGAAAGAUGAAUAAAGGCAAAGUGUUCCAGUCUUCCAAGAGUCAGAAAAAUGGAGCGACCUUCAAGAAGAAAAGUGCCAGAGGAGCAAAGCAAGGAUUCAAACAGAAGACGGGGAAAGGCUGAGCAGCACUUGCCGUAAAGUUUAUUAUUCCACACUGUGUAAUUGUUGAAAGUGUUUAAUAAAUUGUUAAAGACAUUUCUUUCAUG